AUGACGGCCCUGCGGUUUGCACCCUGGCAGAGCGACGUCGAUGUACAGUUCUACGCAGCGCUUGCACACAUCAAGAUUAAUCAUGACAAACUCGACGACUCCGCGCGUAAGGUGCUCGGAUUGUACGAGGUGCGCUCGGGCGACCACUCCUCGCGCUCCAUGCGCGUCCAGAUACAUCCCAAUGCGCUCACUUCGGACGAGACGCCGCCAAACUUUUGCCGCGCCGAGGGUAUCAUCAAGAACUGCAAUACCAUAGAAGACUACAAGAACCUCGACCGCACCGCAAUCCUCGAACGUUGCGCUCAAACAAUAUGGGAUGCGAUCCACGACGGUUCCAUCUACGAAUGCCCCUCCCUCCUGUCCUCCUUCACCGCCAUCAUCUUCGCCAACCUCAAAAAGUACAAGUUUACGUACCACUUUGGUUUCCCCGCUAUACAGUCAGACCCGCCGUGGAAGCAAAUAGGGCCGGCAAGCAGACUCCAUGCCAGAGAGACGACCUAUCUCGUCGACGCAGUGCAGACGUGGCGCUAUAGCUCAGAUGUGCGCCAGAGAGGCUUCUUUUUGGCCAAGCGCAUCCGAGGUGGUACCGAAGCGGGUGAGAGAUCAAGAACACCAGUCAGUCCUCUUGAAGAGUUUGGAUACACAUGGGUCAUUGGCACGCUCGAGGCGUAUGAAAAGGGCUUCUUCCAUGGUAUCGACGAGGCGGAUCGUCUAAUCUGCUUUGCAGACCCCUCCACCUACGAAGAGAACCCAGGAUGGCCACUGCGGAAUCUGCUCAUACUCAUGAGGCAUCGAUGGCGCCUGAACAGGGCCCAGAUUUUGUGUUAUCGCGAUACACACUUGCGGCGCGACCAACCCAACUCUUUGAUCUUGCAACUCGAGUCUGAAGGUGUGGAUCUAGAGCCUGUAUCACUGGAGAGUUCGCAUUCCUCGUUGCAAGCACCAAAGUUGCCAAAGGUCACGGGAUGGGAGCGCACAGAAGCCGGAAAGCUGUCAUCACGAAACGUUGACCUCUCCGAGUACAUGGACGAACGAAAGCUGGCAGAUCAGGCUGUGGACUUGAAUCUCAAGCUGAUUAAAUGGCGUAUCGCACCCACGAUAGAUCUGGAUGUCAUCAAGAAUGCAAAGUGUCUGUUACUCGGUGCAGGUACCUUGGGAACCUAUGUAUCAAGAACACUCAUGGGCUGGGGCGUGCGAAAGAUCACCUUUGUCGACAACGCCACUGUUAGUUUCUCGAAUCCCGUACGGCAGCCACUAUUCAAUUUUGAGGACUGUCUCAACGGCGGAGCCAAGAAGGCAGAGAGAGCGGCAAAGGCAUUGACGGAGAUAUAUCCUGGUGUAGAUGCAACUGGCCAUGUCAUGGAGGUGCCCAUGCUCGGUCAUCCCAUGACCGACGCCGCAAAGACAAAGGCCGACUUCACCAAGCUACAGCAACUCAUUCACGAACACGACGUCAUUUUUCUCCUCAUGGACACGCGAGAGAGCAGAUGGCUGCCCACAGUCAUGGGCAAAGCAGCCGGGAAAAUCGUACUCAACGCCGCCCUGGGCUUUGACACGUACGUCGUCAUGCGCCACGGUCUAAAGGCCACACAGCAAGGCGACAUAGAACUAGGCUGCUAUUUCUGCAACGACGUCGUCGCCCCCGCAGACGCAUCGCCCCAUUAG